AUGACCACCACCAUCCCGGGAGCAAGACCCCCCGAGGCUGCUGACUACCCUCCAGGGAGUGAGACCACAGAGAGCCAGCCGUGUUGGCGGUUGCGUGCUCUGGCCCUCGCAUCCUCGAGGCACCCCCACCUCAUGGCCGCCGCUCUGGCCGGCCCUCGCGCUGGGCCUGGAGAGUCCUCGCCCAUGACCCUCAGCCUCCUCUUGCUCCUGUGUCUCCUGCCUCCCACCCAGGUUGCAGCCAUGGCCCACAGGCACCCUACCAGUGAGGAGGUCGAUUUUAGCCCUGAUGUGGCCUGUGGCCAGCGUUAUAUGCAGGGGAAGAUCAUGGGAGGCAUGGAUACCCUCGAAAGAAAGUGGCCGUGGCAGGUCAGUGUGCACUACGCAGGCUUCCACAUCUGUGGUGGGUCCAUCAUUAAUGAGUACUGGAUCCUGUCGGCAGCCCACUGCUUUGACAGGAACAGGAACACUGAAGCGUUUGAUAUAUAUGUGGGCCUUGUGGACCUCAGGGUUGCAGGCAGUCACACCCAGUGGUUUGAGGUGAAUAAGGUGAUCAUACACCCCACAUAUGAAGUGUACCAUCCUGUUGGAGGUGACAUCGCUCUGGUGCAGCUGAAAACUCGCAUUGUGUUUUCCGACUCUGUGCUUCCCAUCUGUAUUGCACCCCCAGAUGUGAAUCUUUCGAACGUUCCUUGCUGGGCUACAGGCUGGGGAUCCAUCUCCCAACAAGGUGACACUACAGACAAGCUGCAGGAGGUGCAACUGCCUCUGGUCCCAUUGCGUCUAUGCCAGCUGCUCUAUGGACACCCAUCGCACAUUCUGCCAGACAUGCUGUGUGCUGGGGACAUCAGGGACUUGAAGACUGCAUGUGAGGGUGACUCUGGGGGCCCACUUGUCUGUGAAUUCAACCACAUCUGGAUACAGAUUGGAGUAGUGAGCUGGGGGCACGGUUGUGCAUACCCUAUGUAUCCUGCAGUUUAUGCCCGGGUCUCCUAUUUCUCAGAGUGGAUUCAUCAUCACGUAGAAAACACACCCUUACCUUUGCAGCCACUCCCUGGCCUCUCCUCCAAUCUGGGGGCCACCAUCAACAUCCUUGUGACCUCACUGGCUGUCCUAUCCAUGUUGUAA